AUGCUUGGUAGUCAAUAUUAUGAUUAUUUUAUUAAAAAUUUUGUAGAAAAUAAUAAUAAAAUAAGAAAAAAGGGCGGAUUAUAUAAAUUAAUAGGAAAAAAUAAUAAUAACACAUUUUACGGAAGGUUAGGUAUGAAUCCUGAAAGACUUAGUGAAGAAAUUAGUAACAAUUUAAAUAUUAAUAAUCCUAACUAUAUCAAAAUUGUAAAUAUUAAUGGAUGUUAUAUAUCAUAUACUAAAAAAGAAAAAAGUAUAUCAAAUAUAACAAUUUCUGCAUCUAUAACAGCAAAAGCAAGGAUUAAGUUAUAUAAAGGAUUUUUAAAUGUUAUAAAAACAGGUGGUAAAUUGUUAUAUUGUGAUACAGAUUCCAUAAUUUGUGAAUAUAAAAAUAAUUGUGAUGUAUUAGAUAAACAAAUAGGUGAAUUAUAUUUUGAUUCAAAAAAUUCUGAUACAAUUAUAAAAGAUUGUGUCUUUGCCUGUCCAAAAACCUAUGCACUAAAAUAUGAAAACAAAGAAGUUGUUAAAAUAAAAGGAUUUAAUUCAAACCCUUCAUAUGAUGUUUUUAAAGAAAAAUUUUAUAAUAAAGAAACAAUAACUACAAUAAAUAAAGAAUGAAAUAAAAAAGAUAUGAUACUAAAAAUAAAAUAUGUUAAAAAAACAACAAAUCUAUUUAAUCUAGAUAAAAGAAUAUGAAGUGAUGAUUUAAAAAACACAUCACCAAUAAGUGUCC